AUGUCAAUCAGAACGUUUGAUGAAUUACACAAUAAAUUAGAAAAUUCCUUGACGUUUUCUAACCAGAUAAGAAUUUCAAUUUCUUCUGUGGAGAGGCUUUGCGUGGCUUUGAGGUAUCUCGCAAGUGGAAACACAUUUACCGAUUUGCACUAUACCUACAGACUAGGCAUCUCUACAAUUAGUAACAUAGUGGAGCAGGUGUGUUACAAAAUUUGGGAAUUUAUAGGACCUGAAAGCUUACCCGAACCUACAACUGAAAAGUGGCUUGAAAUCGCAUAUAAUUUCAAUACAUAUGCCAAUUUCCCAAACUGUAUUGGAGCUGUUGAUGGGAAACAUAUACGAGUUAUAAAACCCAUCAACAACACCUCAAAUUUCAUCAACUAUAAAAAGUAUUUUUCAGUCGUGCUUUUAGCAAUUUGUGACGCUAAUUAUUGCUUUACGUACAUUGAUAUCGGCGCUUAUGGAAAAUUUGCUGACUCUAAUAUAUUUGUAAACAGCACAUUUUGGAAAAGAGUUGAACAACUACCACUACCAGGAAAUAAUAAACCACUACCUUUUGUACUUGUAGGGGAUGAUGCGUUUCCGUUGUCUCCGCAUUUAAUGCGUGCGUAUGCGAGAAAAAAUUUAAAUAACAAAAAGAAAAUUUUCAACUAUAGGCUUACAAGAGCAAGACGAUUUAUUGAAUGUGCUUUUGGUAGUUUAACCAACAAAUGGCGUAUUUUCCAUAGACCCCUUAAUGUUUCUCAGCGCCUUUGCAAAAAAAUUAUAAAAUCAUGCUGCGUACUGCAUAAUUAUGUAUGUUUAAGAGAUGGAUAUAAAUUUCAACACACCUUGUCAAUGAAAGGCGUAUACAAUAAUAAUCAAAAUGAUGCACCUCUAAUAAAUAGGCAGGGUUUCUCCAUACGAGACGAGUUUGCUAAUUAUUUCAUUAGCCCACAUGGUAAAGUUUCUUGGCAAGACUCAAAAAUAUAAUAAUUAAAUUUACAAACUUAUUUUGCAUCUUUAACUGUUAAUUAGUUUAUUACUAACUAUUAUUAUUAACUGCUAUUUAAGUUAGUGACCAUUAUGAAUAUUAUACCUUAUUGAUCACUAAAUUAAAUUAAAUAC